AUGUCCGCCACCCCCCUCCUCCCGGCCACGACGUCAUCCGCCGCCUUCUUCAGAGCCCUCGCCAUCGCCUCGACGGCACGGUCAUGUACUCAUACCCUGCGGGCCUUCUCCUCAUGCGAUUCCCGCCGAGCCUCUUCGAAGCGGGAGCUCUAUACUGUUCCCUCGUAUCAGCCGCACAGUCUUCCUGCAGACUUCCCGAUGCCUCCCCGGAACACCAACAUUCCAGACACCUCGAUAGCCGGCCCCGAGCCCCAGCUGCUCGACUUCCCGCGGCCCAGAAAGACCACCGAACAGACCAAGUCUACAGAAGCUGCCAGUAUCAGUGUACCUGAGCGAGAGGCGCAAAAGUCGAAGGCUGUCGAAACGCCGAAGCCCGAACAGCCCAAGUCGGCGAAGCCUCGGCGAAGCAAAUUAAGACCGCGAAAAGCGGCCUUGACCAUCACACCAGAUGCUUUAUAUCAUUUACGGGAGCUGCUCGAUCAGCCCAAUCCAAAGAUGAUUCGGGUAGGAGUGAAGAAUAGAGGCUGCUCCGGUCUUGCAUAUCACCUGGAAUACGUCGACAAGCCUGCCCCCUUUGACGAAGUUGUGGAGCAGGACGGGGUCAAGGUUUUGAUUGAUAGCAAAGCAUUAUUCAGCAUUAUUGGGAGCCAAAUGGACUGGAAAGAGGACAAACUCAGCGCCAGAUUUGUCUUCAACAACCCCAACAUCACAGAACAGUGUGGAUGUGGGGAGUCGUUCAGCGUUUCAUGA